GCGCUGUUCGCUCAGCUAUCAGCCGGCUGUAGAUCCACAGCGCACAGAUCCGCUCCAGCUUUUCUAGCGCUCGUGUUUCUGCGGUGGGGGGGCGUUCGGCACAUCAGCGGAGCUCCAACCCAACAGCUCCAGGAGUGGACUGACUGGAUUCGCUGCCAAAUCCUUCCGGACUAUCCAGGGAUGAGCGCGGAGUUUUUUUUUAUCUCCAGCUGGUGAACGUUUCCGUUUCUGCCGUCAGUUCUCGUCGCCCGAAGCGGGUUAGAUUUUUGUUAUUUUUUUGUACUGGAGGGGGCGUGUUGAAUUCCUCUGAAUAAUUUAGCCCAGCUUCGGCACUUGUGCGGGAGAGACGGCGCAGCUCCAUCCGCGUGAAUUCCCGGCUUUGAGGCGGAAUCACCGGCGAUGAAUCACUCGGACUGACGCCGCCUGAACGGCUGCUAGCUUAGCCGGAGAACAGCCCGCGCGCGCGCCGCUCUCACAGAAAUCCGGGUUCGGGACGGGUCCAGCUGUUCUGGCGUCACUCUGACCCCCCCACCGUGAGUCACCUCAUUCGGCUUUAAUUUUUUUGGGGGGUGGAGGCGGCUGCUUGAAGCUAGUCCUCCCGCUAACCCUGGACAGCUCCUAUGUGAGGCUGGGCUAGCUUUGGACAAAGGAGCAGCGGGAAGACGGUGACGCCGGGCGCGCGCCGGCUCGUUUCGGGGAAGGACAGCUACCGACACGGACCUGACAUGAUGUUUCCACAAUCAAGACACACGGCCUCCUCACAGCAGCUGAAGUUCACAACCUCUGACUCCUGCGACCGGAUCAAGGACGAGUUCCAGUUCCUUCAAGCACAAUACCACAGUUUGAAGCUUGAAUGUGACAAGUUGGCGAGUGAGAAGUCGGAGAUGCAGCGCCAUUAUAUCAUGUACUACGAGAUGUCCUACGGGCUCAACAUUGAGAUGCACAAACAGGCCGAGAUCGUCAAGAGACUGAACGGGAUCUGCGCACAAGUCCUGCCCUACCUGUCCCAGGAGCACCAGCAGCAGGUCCUGGCCGCCAUCGAGAGGGCCAAGCAGGUCACCCCCCCAGAGAUGAACUCCAUCAUAAGGCAGCAGCUCCAGGCUCACCAGCUGUCCCAGCUCCAGGGCCUGGCCCUGCCCAUGACGCCGCUGCCGCUGGGCCUGAGCCAGCCGGCCCUCCCCGCCGUCACCACCUCCUCCGGCCUCUUCUCGCUCUCCUCUCUACUGGCUUCUCAAGCCCAGCUGGCCAAGGAGGAGAAAGCCUCUCGUGACGGCGUGGACAGCCACCGCGAGGAAGAUGGAGACAAGUCCGAUUAGAUGGCGUUCCUCGCUCAGCUCUUCUCUUUUCCAGAGACCUGAAUCUCCACACAUUCGCCUCCUUGCUCCCCAGUUUUCCUCAGCAAAGAUCGGCUUUGAUCCUUCAGCUCAGAUCCAUAAUCGUCUCGUUAGCAGAGCUUUGGUCCUCCGGUUUGCCCACAUGUACAAGGUUGCCUCAAAGACUCUCCAACUAUGAACUCUGCUGUUUGUUUUCUUUCUUUUGUGUUUCCAUCUUCCAGUUCCUUUCAGGUUUUGUUUGUUUCUCCUUCUCUUCCUCCUCAAACCUCUUUCUCCAGCUUUGAGCAGAUCCUUUCUGAUCCUGACUGAACUGCAAACUGUUUCUGUUAAACUUCUUUAUCAAACUGGUCUGGAGAGCACA